AUGACAGAAAAAUCCAAUGGUGUGAAGAGUUCCCCAGCCAAUAACCACAACUUCCAUGCACCUCCUGCCAUCAAGGCCAAUGGCAAAGAUGACAACAGGACAAACAGCAGGCCACAAUCUACAGCUGAUGAUGACACCUCCUCAGAACUGCAGAGGCUGGCGGAGAUGGAUGCCCCCCAGCGGGGGAGGGGUGGCUUCCGCAGGAUUGUCCGCUUGGUGGGGAUCAUCAGAGAGUGGGCCAACAAGAAUUUCCGUGAGGAGGAACCUCGACCUGACUCAUUCCUGGAACGUUUCCGUGGGCCUGAGCUCCAGACCGUGACAACACAGCAAGACGAUGGCAAAGGCAACAAGGACGGCGAGGGCGAGGGCACCAAGAAGAAAUUUGAACUAUUUGUCUUGGACCCAGCUGGGGACUGGUACUACCGCUGGCUAUUUGUCAUUGCUAUGCUUGUCCUCUACAAUUGGUGUCUGCUGGUGGCCAGAGCCUGCUUCAGUGACCUACAGAAAACCUAUUACCUAGUGUGGCUAGUGCUGGACUACUUCUCAGAUGUGGUGUACAUUGCGGACCUCUUCAUCCGACUGCGCACAGGCUUUCUGGAGCAGGGGCUGCUGGUCAAAGAUCCAAAGAAGUUGCGGGACAACUAUAUCCACACCCUACAGUUCAAGCUGGAUGUAGCUUCUAUCAUUCCAACGGAUCUGAUCUAUUUUGCUGUGGGCAUCCACAGCCCUGAGCUGCGUUUUAACCGCCUGCUACACUUUGCCCGCAUGUUUGAAUUCUUUGACCGCACUGAGACACGCACCAGCUACCCCAACAUCUUCCGAAUCAGCAACUUGGUCCUUUACAUCUUGGUCAUCAUCCACUGGAAUGCCUGCAUCUACUAUGCCAUCUCCAAGUCCAUUGGCUUUGGAGUUGACACUUGGGUUUAUCCCAAUAUCACUGACCCUGAGUAUGGUUACCUGGCUAGGGAAUACAUCUACUGCCUUUACUGGUCUACACUGACACUCACCACCAUUGGGGAGACACCACCUCCUGUAAAGGAUGAGGAGUACUUAUUUGUCAUUUUUGACUUCCUGAUUGGUGUCCUCAUCUUUGCCACCAUUGUGGGGAAUGUGGGCUCUAUGAUCUCCAACAUGAAUGCCACUCGGGCUGAAUUCCAGGCCAAGAUUGAUGCUGUCAAACAUUACAUGCAGUUCCGAAAGGUCAGUAAGGAUAUGGAAGCCAAGGUCAUUAAGUGGUUUGACUACCUGUGGACCAAUAAGAAGAGUGUGGAUGAGCGGGAAGUUCUCAAGAACUUGCCAGCAAAGCUGAGGGCUGAGAUAGCCAUCAAUGUCCAUCUAUCCACCCUCAAAAAAGUGCGCAUCUUCCAGGAUUGUGAGGCUGGCCUGCUGGUGGAGCUGGUAUUGAAGCUUCGUCCUCAGGUCUUCAGCCCUGGGGAUUAUAUUUGCCGCAAGGGUGAUAUUGGCAAGGAGAUGUACAUAAUCAAGGAGGGCAAGUUGGCAGUAGUGGCUGAUGAUGGUGUUACUCAAUAUGCCCUGCUCUCAGCCGGGAGUUGCUUUGGAGAGAUCAGUAUCCUUAACAUUAAGGGCAGCAAAAUGGGAAAUCGACGCACAGCCAAUAUCCGCAGCCUUGGUUACUCAGAUCUCUUUUGCUUAUCCAAGGAUGAUCUUAUGGAAGCUGUGACUGAGUACCCUGAUGCCAAGAAGGUCUUGGAGGAGAGGGGCCGGGAGAUCUUGAUAAAGGAGGGACUGCUAGAUGAGAAUGAGGUGGCAGCCAGCAUGGAGGUAGACGUGCAGGAGAAACUAGAGCAGCUGGAGACAAACAUGGAGACCUUGCACACUCGCUUUGGCCGCCUGCUGGCUGAGUACACGGGAGCCCAGCAGAAACUUAAGCAGCGCAUCACCAUUCUGGAAACCAAGAUGAAGCAGAACAAUGAAGAUGAUUACCAUGAUUACCUGUCAGAUGGGAUGAAUAGCCCUGAGCCAGCUGCUGUUGAUAAGCCAUAA